CUUUUUCGCCAUGGUCAACGCUGAAGUGGUGAAAUCGGUGGAUAUAAUGGAAAACAGCAAUCAGAGUGGUGCCAUCAACAGAUCAAUCGGAUAUCAGGAGCGCUUCAAGAGCUUGGAAGACAUCGAUGUCACCGCUGAUGGGAGUCCGGUGUUGAGGUGCAUGAUUUCCAUAACGUACUCCGUAGUUUGCGCAGUAGGUCUGAUUGGGAACCUGUUGGUUUUUUUCUUUAUUCGCGUGAGACAAGAGAGACGGACAUCCAAAAUCAACUUCUUCAUCCUCAAUUUGGCCGUAACGGAUUUUCAGUUUGUGUUGACAUUACCCUUUUGGGCAGUGGACACCGCACUAGACUUCAGCUGGCCGUUUGGCGACGCCAUGUGCAAGAUCAUCCUGUCGGUGACUGUGAUGAACAUGUACGCCAGCGUCUUCUUCCUGACCGCAAUGAGCAUCACACGGUACUGGUCAGUGGCCUCAGCGCUCAAGGACCGCACCAGACAGACCAGCUGCUCCAUCAGAUGGGUCAGUGUCAUCCUCUGGUCUCUGGCCACUGUCGCCACGGCGCCAACAUCCAUCUUCUCAACAGUCACCAAUGUGGCCGGCGAGAAACUUUGUUUAUUGAGAUUCCCUGACGGACAGUAUUGGUUGGCCGUCUAUCAUCUCCAGAAAAUAUUGAUUGCCUUUAUUCUACCCAUGACAAUAGUCUCCAUUAGUUACAUAUUGCUGUUGAGACUCAUCCGACUGCGCAGCAUGAAGAGCAAUUCAAAACGAAGAAUGCAAAUCACCAAGUCUGUCACAAUCGUGGUUUUAUCGUUUUUCCUCUGCUGGAUGCCUAAUCACGCCAUAACAUUUUGGGGCGUACUGGUUAAAUUCAACGCAGUGUACUGGGAUAAGUCUUACUAUAUCGUUCAUACCUACGUGUUUCCAGUGACUGUGUGCCUUGCGCACGCAAAUAGCUGUUUAAACCCGCUUAUUUACUGUCUAAUGCGAAAAGAGUUCAGGAAAAAACUAAAGGAACUGUUUCUUCGAGUCUGA